ACACAGACAUUCGGAGGGAUAGGUGGUGACUCAAGCCAAAACCUUGAGUUGAAUUUUGGGCAGUGAGCUCAUUUCACUCACUCACACACACGCACACCUUGAGUUGGUCUGUGAAUCCAUUUCAUGGACACAGGGGGUUGAUUUGUGAACCAAGUGUGUGCGAAUAUUUGCCCCAAACAAAGGAAUUUGUCGACUCAACUCAAUGGUGCUCCUUUGGAUUUCGUUGUGAAUCGCAUUAGUUGUUUUCCUGUUCAAAAUGAGGGGGCUCCUGUUGGCGAUCUCCACGUUGACGGUCCUGAUUUCUCCGGGAUAUGGCCAAUUUCCCGGAUCUCCGGUCAGCGAUUAUCGCUCCGGACUCUUUGUUCAAAACCCAUGUGUUUCAAAACAAACGUGUAGUGAAUGCCUUCAAACACCUACAUGUGCCUGGUGCAUGAAAGAGGAUUACACGAGCUUGGAUGGAGCGCCGUUACCUCGAUGCAAUCAGGAAACUCAUUUCAGUGCCCAAAGCAGCUCCCGGGUCCAAUGUCCGAUCGACGAAGUCGUUAACCCCAAUAAUGUGUUCAGAGUUAUCCAAAAUAUUGACCUUCAAAGGGCCAGUCAAUACCACGAGGCUGUCCAAGUCCAGCCACAACAUGUCUCCUUGAAAAUGAGAGUCAAUGAAGCUCAUAAUCUGGACUUUUUCUAUGAGCAAGCUCAGGACUACCCUGUGGACCUUUACUACUUGAUGGACUUGUCAAAGUCCAUGGAAGAUGACAAGGAAAAGCUGUCCAAGUUGGGCGAUCUCCUGGCUGCAACCAUGCAGAACAUAACUUCCAACUUCAAAUUAGGCUUCGGAUCCUUUGUGGACAAAGUGGUCAUGCCUUAUGUAUCCACCGUACCGAAAAAGUUAAUUGAGCCGUGCGAUCAAUGCGCUGCUCCAUAUGGUUAUCAGCACCAAAUGCCACUCACUGAAGAUCCGUGGACAUUCGCUGGAGAAGUGAAAAGAGCCCAGGUGUCGGGUAAUUUGGACGCUCCCGAGGGUGGUUUUGACGCCAUUAUGCAAGCUAUUGUUUGCAAGAACGAGAUCGGAUGGCGAGACAAGGCUCGAAAGCUUCUGGUAUUUUCCACGGACGCCGGAUUCCAUUACGCUGGUGAUGGCAAAUUGGGCGGCAUUGUCAAGCCCAAUGAUGGAUUUUGCCAUUUGGACUCCAAAGGCACUUACACCCAUUCCACGCUACAAGAUUACCCCUCAGUGUCUCAGAUCAACCACAAGGUGAAAGAAAACUCGGUCAACGUCAUCUUUGCUGUAACCGAGGAACAGUUUGACGUGUACAACAUGCUCCAAGCCAAUAUUGAAGGUAGUUCCGCUGGCACCCUCAGUGCCGACUCCUCCAAUAUUGUGGAGCUGGUCAAAGCCCAAUAUCAGGCCAUCACGUCCUCAAUUGAGAUGAAGGACAAUGCCACGGGAUCCGUUAGGGUGACCUACUAUUCCAGCUGUGUGGGCGAUGGGCCCGUGAGACAGACCAAUAAAUGCUCUGGACUUCGAGUGGGAUCCAGAGUUCAAUUUACAGCCAAGAUUGAAGUAGUCAAGUGUCCCAAAGACCCUCGUGAAUGGCGUCAAAAGUUCCAAAUCUACCCUGUGGGCAUCAAUGAGUCCGUUUUGGUGGAUCUGGAGAUGAUGUGCCAAUGCGAAUGUGAGCAGCCUGGGAAUCCGGGAUACAUGGAGAAUGCGCCUCAAUGCUCUGGGCAUGGAACCUACAUGUGUGGGAUCUGCCAAUGUCCAACAGAUUUCUUUGGUCGACGGUGUGAGUGCGAUCGGGAAAAUCUCGGUUUCCACGGAGAUCUCGAAGCCGGAUGUCGACCAGAUAACACCACGACAACUCUCUGCAACAACCGAGGGGAUUGUAUUUGUGGUAAAUGUGAAUGCUAUCCUCGCGAAAAUCCCGAUGAGUUUCCGAUGUUCUAUCGGUACCAAUAUGAUCCAAAUUUUGAAAUUAUCGUCUCGGGUGACUAUUGCGAAUGCGACAACUUCUCUUGCGAUCGCUAUGAUGGACUCUUAUGCUCUGGUCCCGAACAUGGUGAAUGCGUUUGUGGAAAAUGCGUCUGCAACUCGGAAUACGAUGUGCCAGGAUAUUCUGCCUGUGAAUGCCGCGCCACCAAUGAGACUUGCAUCACACCGUAUGGAGAGCACAUCAACAAGCUCUGCUCCGGUCACGGAUCCUGUAGCUGCGGCGAAUGCAAGUGCUUUGAGACUGAAGAGGGCCAAUUCUCGGGUCGAUUCUGCGAAGAAUGCCCGACAUGCCCGGGUAAAUGUGAAGAGCUGACCCCUUGUGUCCAAUGCCUUCAAUUCCAAUCUGGUACUCUCGCGGACAAGGAGGACGAAUUUGGUGUGGACCUUUGUGACAAAUGCCCCUUUGACGUGAUCGAAGUGGAAAAGGCCGAAGAUUAUGUCCGUGAUGAUGAACGGCUGUGCACAUUCAUCGAUGACGACGACUGCCGGGCCACCUUCGUUUACGGUUACCAUAAUUCCACGGGCCAACUGAUGGUGUGGGUCCAGACAACCAAAGAAUGUCCCGUUGUGGUAGAUGUCAUGGGCAUCAUCCUCGGGGUUAUCGGAGCCAUUGUCGCCGUUGGCCUACUUCUGAUUCUGAUGUGGAAGGUGUUCACCACCAUCCAUGACCGUAGAGAAUUUGCCCGCUUUGAAAAGGAGCGAGCCAUGGCUAAAUGGGAUGCGGGAGAGAAUCCAAUUUUUAAGUCAGCCACGUCUACCUACAAGAAUCCAACCUACAACGGCAAGAUGUAAAGAAGAGGCCGAUGUCAGGUCUCAUUAUGUUCACAUAUGAAAUCUUGCAAGAACCAUUCGAUCUGAUGUGUGGACAAAGCUGUGAAUGGCCUGUUUUGAUUGUGGAUUUUUUAUUUCCCCACCCAGAUUGCGUCGGCAACCUAUACUUAACUCAUUUAGACUUGUAAAAUAUGAAUCUCGAGUGCUUCAAUCCAUACUAGACCGAUAACUCAUCUCUUCCAGUAAUCUGACUAGUCAAUAUGUACAGUCGGCCAUGCAUGAUGAUGAUCUUUGGUUUCUCCGAUUGUGUUGUACAAUCAUCGUUUACAUGUUUUCAUCUCCGAGAAUUGGUGCUAUGUAGAGACAAUAAGAACAUUCAUUUCCUAAUCACCCACCCAAACCCUACCCUACCCCUUCAAUCGCGCUGCCCCUCCACAUCUAACAAGAGUUCAAGACAAUAAUAUGUUGUGCCUUCUUCAAACCAACAUCGCCUUUCACCCAUUUCUAACAUGACUGAAACGAAGAUCCAUCCAUAAUGUCAUUCAUUUGCAUAUGGUUAAAUUAUACUUAUUACAAAAAAUAAUAAAUCCGUUAAUACAUUCAUA